GGAGGUUAGGGUAGGAGGGUGCGCGCUCCGGCCGACCCGUAGCAGCCACAGUCGCUGCAGACGGUGCCGCGUUGGUGCCAGCCUCGUCUCCCAGCCUCCUCCAGGCUCCCACCACCACCACUCAGACAUGACCUCUCAGGCGGACAGCGAGCUGAGAAAGCGUGUGGCCGACGCGGAGGAGAGAGCCGAGCAGGUUGUACCUGGAUCUGAUUCGGACGAUGAUCGCCUCCCUGAGCAAGUAAGAGAACAUAGAACAAAGCAAAUUAACCAAGGAGCUAGUCAAGAGCCAAGUGUCCUUCAUACUCUUCUUUCUCCACUACCACCGAGAUGGAGAAACUGGGUAAUACGUGGCAUCUUCACCUGGCUUAUGAUUGGCCUCUUCUGUUUGAUAAUUUAUGUUGGCCCACUGGCUCUCAUGUUUACGACACUACUGGUGCAGGUAUGGUGCUUCAAGGAGAUCAUCAACAUUGGGUACUCUGUUUACCGUAUGCAUGGUCUUCCUUGGUUUAGAUCUCUCUCCUGGUGGUUUUUAAUAACAAGUAAUUAUUUCUUCUAUGGAGAGUCAUUGGUGGCAGAUUAUUUCAGCGUUAUUUUUUCUAAGAGUGACAUAAUGCGUUGGUUGAUUGCCUACCACAGAUUAACAUCAUUUACCAUGUACAUUGUUGGAUUUGUGUGGUUUGUGCUCUCCCUCAAGAAGAGAUAUUACAUGCGACAAUUCUCUCUGUUUGCUUGGACACACGUUGCUCUGCUCAUCGUGGUUACCCAGAGUUACCUCAUCAUCAUUAACAUCUUCCACGGCAUGAUCUGGUUCAUCGUGCCUGUCUCCAUGAUUGUAAUCAAUGAUGUCAUGGCCUAUAUGUUUGGCUUCUUUUUUGGCAAGACUCCACUUAUUCAACUCAGCCCAAAGAAGACAUGGGAAGGCUUCAUUGGGGGUGGUAUUUCAACAGUGUUCCUCGGAAUGCUGCUGUCGUAUGCGAUGUGCCAGUAUCCGUUCUUUGUGUGCCCAGUGGAGUACAGCGAGUCUGAAGACAGUUUUAAUUACACCUGUGAUCCAUCUCCGAUAUUCAGACCCCAAGAAUAUAGCUUGCCUGAAACAUUGGCAAACAUAUUUGCUUUGGCUGCUUCUAAAACCACAUGCUGGCUCUACCGUCCACACAUUUGGAACGACACCAUUCAUGAAACAACAACACCACCAGAGAUGGGAUGGAAGAAAACGGCAACAAUAUACCCAUUCGUGCUCCAUUCAAUUGCACUUUCUGUCUUCAGUAGUGUGAUUGGACCUUUUGGAGGUUUCUUUGCUAGUGGCUUUAAGAGAGCAUUUAAGAUAAAGGACUUUGGUGAUGUUAUUCCUGGCCAUGGUGGGAUGAUGGACCGCUUUGACUGCCAGUAUUUGAUGGCCACAUUUGUGAAUGUAUACAUUAUGACCUUCAUCUCUGAGACAUCUCCUCAGAAACUUCUCCAAAAGGUUUACAUGCUGAAGCCAGAGCAACAGCUACAGCUUUACAAUAUGCUCCAAGACUCUCUUAUUGUACGUGGAAUAUUACAACCUUGAGUUAUCUAAUAAAGAUGUUGAGGCGUUAAAUGUAAGUUUUGUGUGAAUGUUGAAUUGUCUUUGCCAAAGUAGCAUAACACUUUCAGAUUUGUUUGUUUAGUUUCUGCGAAAAGGAAAACAAUUGAGCAUUACAAAUUUAUAAAAGGAUUCUUAUAAAGGUAAAACAUGAGAGUCCACAGUACCCUAGUGCAAUUCUGGCAAGCUCUCGGGUGCAUACACGUCUCUGUAAGACAGGUGGAUGUACGUACCUGCUAUGUGAAGAGCUUAAAUUCCUGCUGAUAGCCAGAUAGUGUCAUUAAUGACAUUAAUCUGGGAUAUUUUUUUCAUUGUUUAAGUUUUUAAUCAUCUACAGAUUAUACACACAUGAUAAAAUCAUGAAAAGCCAAAUGAAGAAAUUUAUUAUAAUUUGUUAUUCAAACAAAUGCAAACACAAGCUCAUGACAGUACAGUAUACACAUAAAGAAAAACUUAAUUUAUUAUAAUUGAAUGCAAAAAGUAGUACAUUGUAUAGUUCCAUACUUAGCAACAGUAAUGAUACCCACAUGUAGUAAGUGGUAGUUAAAGUUUAUUUACAGAUCUAUCUUCUCUUGAGAUGAUUUCUUGAUCACCAAAAGAUCACCAAAACCAUUUCCUAAAAUUUUCAGUGUUUGUUUUCUGCAACAGAAACAAAAAAUGAGGGAGAUAAAGCCUAUUCAUUGAUGUUAAAGAUUUUCUGAAUCACUUACAGUAUCAAAACAGAAUUAAUAACUGUUGCACUUGCCUUAAAGUUCAAUUGUUGUUCCCUUCUUCUGUAAGAAUGAAGGCAAGUAAUACAGUACAGGUAUAGUAUAGUAUUUUAUUUUGUUUAUGAGUACAUAAUUGACCAAUAAGAUGUGGUAAUUGUAUGUCUGCUGCAGCAUUUCAUUUGCUUGGGUGAAAUGUCUGUCAAGAGGAAAGAUUUAUGGAAGCAUAUUAAAUUAAUUGUUAUAUUUUAUAAUUAUUUGGAGAUCAGUAUAUAGUGCGUCUUAACAUUGUGUAAAUUAAAUAUUUUUGUACGAUGCAUGGAGCAAAGUUAUGCGGCAGGUAUAACUUAAUCAAUUUGGAUAAUAGUAUAAUAUGGAUAUUAUUAAUUGUUCACAUGACAGGGCAAGGUAGCCCAGUUUUAAUACCUAAUAUCCCGUGAUACGGGAUUGUAAUUCGCAUUACCUACUAUUCUUCGAUAGGAUAUAGUAAAUACAUAUAUAUCUGCUAACUCAUCAUAGGUAAUUGUGUAGUUUAUAUUAUACCUCUAAUAAACUCAUUAUACUAUAAUAUUAUCCAAUCCCAACUAUUUAUAUUUUCUUCAUAUAAAAAAGUGACCCUUGGUACUUUGUGCACUGUAUGAUAAAGUGGUGUGGAUGCCACAGUGAGUGCUUGCCCGCGACACUGUUGGUGACGCUGGGCCACAAAGGUGGGCCGCGGCACUGUUGUUGACGCUGGGCCACAAAGGUGGGCCGCGGCACUGUUGGUGACGCUGGGCCACAAAGGUGGGCCGCGGCACUGUUGGUGACGCUGGGCCACAAAGGUGGGCCGCGGCACUGUUGGUGACGCUGGGCCACUACGGUGGUGUGCCUAGGAUUACUACUGAGUGGCAGGGUGUUCUUGUCUAGUUACUAUAUUGUGUGUGUGUGUGUAUAAAUAUGCCAUUAUAUGUAUUUGUAUCAGAUUUAAUGUAUGUAUAGAAAUUAGGUUGAAACUAAAUCUAUUGCUUUAUUUCCGAGUCUAUGAACAAAUUCCUGUUCAGAUUUUUGUGCAAUGAUUUUGUGACUAAAUGCCACAAAUAUCUUUUCCUAUAUUUAAUAGUUUCCAAUAUAAUUUUCUUCCCGGUUUGAUCAUUCCAACAGAGUGUUUUCAUUUGAUAUCAUGUACUGUAAGGAUUAUAUAAUGUGGAAUUCAUGGAAAUGAUUUAUUACACAGAUAUCAGAACGUGUCUGUUUUCCUAUUGGUAGACAGUUUCUACUAAAAAAUUUAUUUUGAGGAUGCUUCAGUGCAAAUUGUUAAUUGGUUAUUUAUUGGAUUAAUCUGGAGGUAUUUAAAAUAAAAAAAAAUUAAGUUAAAAAUCAUCUAUUUUGGAUCAAAUAUAAUAAUUUGAAAUUGAAAUUCUGUAUGUUAAAUAUGUAUAUAAUGCAGUACUACAUUUGAAAGAUUUGUGAAAAUAAUUCAUAACAUGUUGUAACUGCUUUGGUACAGGGAAUUGUAUAUCUGGGAAAAAAUAUAUUUAUUUAUAAUAUUUUUGGAAAUGUUGCUCUAGUGUAAAUUAUUUGCAGAGAAGCCUACAAGUUUAUACUCCCAGCUGGAGAAGAGUGGUAUGAGUAGUACGAUUUUACAUUCCUUUAUUUAUGUAACCAUACUCACCAUCUUGCUGAAACCUUUCAUUAUUCUCUGUGUGCCAUAUGGUGAUUCAUUUCUUGGUUGUCCCAAUACUUCACCAUUAUUCUAUUGACUAUGGCAUAUUGAACAUUCCAUUCCUAAGUUUUGUUAAAUUAUUACCUCAUUUUUCUAUUAAAGCUAUGAAUAAAUUUUAAUUUUAUUUCA